AUGGAGUAUAUCCAGGCUACUAUACUGAGACACAUACCAGAUGUCAUGUCUUUAAUAUAUUUGAAGAUUGGCCAUUUCGAUAUAAAGGUGAAGGAUCUUGAUACAAACACAGUCCACACUGUUUCAUUCUGGAAAGAAAUUCAUGAAGAUAAUUUUGCCUCGCGUGAAACUUGGAUCAAAGAAUUUGUGUUGAGGAGGAGUCUUGUGGCUGGCAUGAUUGUUGGUAUGUAUCGUGAUUUUAACGUUAACAUGCUUUGUAUCUCGGUGUUGGAAUGA